UGCCUGUCGAUAUCCAACACUCAAACGCGGGGAAGUAUGGAUCUAGAGAUGCGCUUCAGCUAACACAACACUGCAGUCAUAACUCUUUGAGCCAACACAAAAGAAUCAACGCAAAAGCUCAUAGACUUCCGCCAAACGCAAACAUGGAGGGAUAUUCGAAAGUCUUCAUGGCUCCGCGUAAGCCUGAUCCGGGCGACGAAACCGUUUCCAUCUUCCUCGCGGGCAUAACAACGAGUACCGGCGAGCCUGACUGGCGAGAAAUUCUGACAAACGACUUGAUGAAUCACCGAGUAACAAUUCUGAACCCAAACAGACCAGAUUGGGAUAGCACAUGGAAGGAGGACUUCUCAGACAAGCGAUGGGAGGAGCAGGUUUGGUGGGAGCUUGAUAUGCAAGAGGCUGCAGACAUCAUUGUUUUUAUGUUCCACCCUUCAACAGAUGCCCCGAUCAGUCUUAUGGAGCUUGGUUUGGCUGUCAAGGCAGAGUCAAAAAGGAUCAUUGUGUGUGCUCAGGAUGGCUACAGAAAGAAAGGGAAUGUUGAGGCGGUUUGUAAAAGAUUUGGGGCACAAUUAGUGAGCACAGCAAACGAACUCAGAGAUGCCAUCAUUGCGACACUGGAAGAUGGCCACAAAUGAUUGCUCUUUGGAAUUGUUAUACUUGAAGGCAAUUUCAAUGGGGCAUUCGCAUCAAUAGUACGUAUAUAUGGGGUAUAUAAGAGGCCAUUGAUGCUCUAUUUGCAAUGUUAUGAAGAACGGUAGAGAUCAGCCUUGUUUCAUCAAGCCGCCGCACCAC